AUGAAAGGCCUGGUCUGUGUCUACAAGUGCAAGUUUACGUCUCAGAUGAAGUACCUUUGCGUCCUGCUGGUAAGGCCAAGACUUCGCUGUUUUGAGUGAAGGGGGUGUGUGUACCCCCCAUGUGUGGAGAACGACUGCCAAACCUCGAGGUUUAAAUGUGAAGGGUGAAAGAAGAGACAAGGUCUCAUUUGAGCUCACCAGAGAGAUUAAAGACACGAGGGAUUCUUUAUUCAGGUGGUGUAAGGGUAACAUUAACAGUGAGGAGAGUUUCGACAAACACUAACCCUGUUUAACAGGAGGGAAACGUCAGUUCUCGCAGGUGCAGCUGUGAUGUCCACCGGGUCAGUGAGUGAUGCUGAGGACAUGCACGAACUUUCCCUCGUGCGCAUUGACACUCGCUGUGAACACUCUGUACUGCACCCAGGGCCGGAUGCGCUUUUUCCUUCACUGGAGAACUCCGAAGACGAGUUCAGUAACGAUGACGGUUUUGAGGCGAAAAACAAACGACAGCGACCAGGAUCCAACAGCAAGCGCCUGAAACAUCAGAAAGAAGGAAGGCAGUCACAACGAAACGCCGCCAACGCAAGGGAACGGGCCAGGAUGCGGGUGCUGAGCAAGGCGUUCUCCAGGUUGAAGACCAGUCUGCCCUGGGUACCAGCAGACACGAAACUCUCCAAACUGGACACGCUACGACUCGCAUCCAGCUACAUCUCGCACCUCCGACAGCUGCUACAAGAGGACAGAUACGAGAAAUCCUUUGUACACCCUGUAAAUUUGACAUGGCCUUUUGUGGUCUCAGGAAGACCAGAGGAUCCCAAAGAGAUUUCAACAGCUGUCAGGCUGUGUGGGGCCACAGCAUAGAUACAAGCUCUUCCACUUUCUAGUUCUCUCUCUCUCUCUCUUUCUCUCUUUUUCCCUCUCUCUCUCUC